UUUGUGUUAAUGGAGCAAACCUUAAAAUAGAGCUUUAAUAGCUAUAAUAGAACUUCCUAAGGAGAUCAAAGCUAUUCAGUUUGAAGUCAGAAUGGUGUUGCUGCAGCUAGGUCAGUCAAAUAUAUUUUCUGCGCUGUGAACUUAUCUCUGGACGAGUUAUUAAGGUCGAAAUAUGUCCACACCUGAAGAAGAAGCCAGGCAAGAAGCCGUCUCAUCUCCAUGGAUAUCCUCCUCAGGUGAUGAUAAUACAAGUGCGGUUGUUCCGAAAAAGGAUCUAAGUUCAGCUAGAGAAAAUGCACCUGGCAACAAAGAAGACGCUGAGACUGAUUUAGCUAUAGAUAAUGACAGGGAUAUACAACCUGUAGGGACAGCUGUUUGUGUUGAGAGAAUGAAUGAAGAGAUUAGUGAUAGGGAUGUAAAAGAACCUCUUUCAUCUCCCAGAAAUAAUCAUACCGAUUCCCAAUGUAUCUUAGGUGAAGAUAAUUCAAGCAGUAAAGAUACAGAGCAGAGUCCCAGGUGCUUAGUCUGUGGACCUCGCAAAGACUCCCCCAAGACUGAAUUCACAAAACUUUCCUCUUGUCCUGACAUUGAGAGAGAAAUAAGAGAACUUUUAAAAGUCCUGUCCCCUCCUGAUGAAUCAGAUGCUAUUUGUGGCAGGUGCCUCGGUUUUAUGAAAGUUUUUAUUAACCUUAAAAAUGAUUUACUGACAAUGAAAAGGAAGAUAAUAGCCCUCCACAUUGAUGCACAGCUAGAACUACCAGAGAGUCACGGCUAUGAGGAAUCGGGUGGAGAGGAUAAUGAAACUGAAACGAGUGAUUUAGAAAAUAAAUCGUGCAAUCCCAACAAUCAAGAACAAGAUAGUGAGGUCCUAAUCAAGCAUGAAAUUAUUGAUGUAGGGUUUAGUGAAGAAAAUAUUUCCAGUGAAGAAAAAGGAAGUCUCAAAAAAUACAAGUGUCAGCACUGCAGUCAAAGUUUUACAGGAAUGUAUGAUUUAAAGAUACAUCUAUUGAAGGAACAUGAAAGUAUUCACACUGGAGAAAAACCAUUCCAGUGUCAUUAUUGUGACAAAAGUUUUCGCAGAAAAAACAACUGUGUACAGCAUGAAAAAAUACACAAACCAUUUAAAUGUAAGAUUUGCUUCAAGAACUUUACAACUAAAGAAGAGUGUGCUGAGCAUGAAAACACUCACACAGGGGAAAGGCGUUACAAGUCAAUUAUAAAUACAUUUAAAUGUCAAUAUUGUAAUGAGAAAUUUUUCAGUAAAAGUGCAUGUUCAAAACAUGAAAAAGGGUGUUUGGAUAACAAGGCUUUAAAAUCUCAAAGGAAAAGUGGACGCGAGGUAAAGAAUGAAAACAAAAAAGAAGUCACCAACUCUGCAGCUCAUAUGUAUAAGUGCUCACAUUGUGAUAAAACAUUUACUCGAAGAAAUACACUUGUUUUGCAUGAACUGAUUCAUACAGAUGAUAGACUCAAGUGUAAACAAUGUGAAAAAACUUUCACCAGUAAAGCUGAUUUAUGGGAGCAUGAAAAAAUCCAUGAAUUGAAAUGUUCUCAUUGUGGUAAAACAUGUCGGGGCAUGAGAGCUCUUUACAAACAUGAGAAAAUUCAUUCUGUGGAAAAGUCAAACUCCAAUACCAAAAUAUGCAGGUGCUCACAUUGUGAUAAAACAUUCAGCAGGAGAAGUGCACUUGUUUUACAUGAAAUGAUUCACACAGGGGACAGACUGAAAUGUAAACAAUGUGAACAAUCUUUUAUCAGGAAAGAUGAUUUAGUAGAGCACGAGAAAGUGCAUGAAUUUAAAUGCUCUCAUUGUGGAAAAACGUGCUGGGGAAUGAAAGCUCUCAAUAAGCAUGAAAAGAUUCACACUGGGGAGAAACCACAUAAAUGUAAUACCUGUGAUAAGUCAUUUGCCUCUCGGGUUGACUUAGAAGUGCAUGAAAGAUGCCACACAGGAGAGAAGCCCUAUCUAUGUCAGUACUGUACCAAAAGCUUUGCUCAAAGUUCAACUUUGAAGUUACAUGAAAGGACCCAACACACUCGCGAAAAACCAUAUAAAUGCCAGUACUGUGGACAGGGCUUUCCUGUAAAAUUAGCCUGUGAAGAACAUGAACGGUUUCACACUGGUGAAAAGCCUUUUAAGUGUGAUUAUUGUGACAGAAGAUUUGUGAGGAAAUCUAAUUGGAGAGAUCAUGUGAAAACCCACCUUGGCAUUAAGCCGCAUGUGUGCUCAUACUGUGGAAAAGGUUUCCGUGACAGAGGCACCCUUGCUACACAUGAAAGGACUCACACUGGGGAGAGACCAUUUAAAUGCAAGUACUGUGAUAAAGCAUUCAUCAGAAAAUCUAAUUGCAAUGCACAUGAAAAAAGUCAUACUGGAGAGAAACCAGUUAAACAGCGACCAUCUGAAAGUAAAGCAAAAAGUCCAGCAAAAAAUCACAGAAGUCAGCACCCUGAAGAUGACUUUAACAGUGAGAACUCUGAUGGCUUGGUAAUGAGUCAGCAGUUGGACAGUUCAUUCAUCAGUCAACAGUUUGAUAGCACAUAUAGACCCCAGCACAGUGAGAGUACAUUCAGACCUCAGAACACUGAUAGUACAUUUAGAUCUCAGCACAUGGAAACCUCAUUUAGGGGUCCACACUCCAGUAAUGUGUUCCCUACUCCAGAGGCUGUUUAUCACGGAGAUAACCCUAAUCCUUACAUGUACGGCAUGUAUAUGCCAGGGAUGUGAAUGUUGCAUGUCACAAAUUAAGCCUACUGUUCUGAAGACAUACACAUCUACUUCAUACAUUCAUCUUUCAUUACUUAAUUAAAAAUAGGUUGAGAAGCCAGCUGUCAAAAGCAGUUGCGAAGAGUCUAGUCAGAUUCACACUUUAUACUAACUGGGCUGGUCCAACUCUGCCGGGAACUCUGCAAAAAGUGCAGUCGGUGGAAUUAGUUAUACAACACAAGAUGGUUCACCUGGAUAAUGUCUACAACAAUGUACUAAAAAUAGGAUGUCACAAAAAUAACUCGCGUAUAUGACUAGUAUGCCAAUAAAUGACUAAUAUGCCAAAAUCUUGUUCAAUUCACUUCCCAAUUGAGACGGCUCAGUAGGUAGAAAAAUGUCCGGGUUGUGUCAGUAUUAAAGACGAACGGUAAUGGUAUUAUUUCAAUGGGGAAAAUUAUCAAUCUUUCCAUUACAUAACUGUGAACACUCAACAGAUUUUGCUCUGAUUUGUGACAUACAGCACCUGUAGAAAUCGCACCCCUGCUGUGCUUCUGAAUGAAGAAAGAAAGAUUUCUAAUAAACUGUGAAGAAAAAGUCUUACGUACUCCUUGAGAGAGAUCGUUAAAAAUUAUAUUAAAGUUAACGGUCCUAUUUCGAUCGUUAGAACUAAUGUUAAGGAUACCCAAAGUUAUUACAAUAAUUGAGUUUAAU